AUGUCUGAUGUUAACCCCGCGGAAAUACUGGAACAACUCCAGCAACUACAGAAAGAGAGCGGAGAUUUAAAAUCGCAGCUCGCGAUUCUUCGUAUCAGUGAACCGAUCUUUUCGCCUGAUGCCGAGAAUCAGAGUCAAUCCUUGUCCAAACGCACUUCGGAUGCUUCUGCGAUCGAUAACCCCACGCCGGCUUCCCUCGAGGCCGACCUAACACACUACAAGGAACUCUUCUCAAAAUUACGCUUUUCAUAUGUCGAGCAAGUGACGAAGGAAAAGUUUCUGCGUGCCAUUGUCGGCGAUCCUCCCCUGGUAGUCGGCCAUAAUGAGAACGUGGAACUUGAAACACAAUUAGCGGAGGUGAAAGCGGAGCUAAAGGCAAGCAAAGAAGAAGUCCGCAUGAUGAUUGAAGAAAUGGAGAAAACAGGCCGAGACCUCGCCAAUCAUGACGCAGCUCUCUACUUUGCCCGAAUCCAUCGAGAAUCUAGAGUCUACAAUUGCCGAACUGCGCGCCAAACAGGCAUCUGA